AAUCGAGUUCACUAGUUUACCUUCCAUCACCAUUACCAUCACCUUACUAUACAUAAUUUAUUCUUAAUCAUUAUAAAUUAUAUUUUCAAAAAUGGCAUUCAAUAGUAAUACUCAUGAUAGUGGUUUAGGCGAUCAAACUGGUCAACGAACCCAUCAAGGUCUUGGGAGUGAAGUUCCAGGCGGUGCCCAUCACCAUGGUGGUGCAAAAACUGGCGAAGGGCUCGGUGGAGAUUAUUCCGAUCAAGGGCUCGGUGCUCGCGCCGGUGUCGCGGCGGGAGGUGUUGGUCAAACAGACAACAUCACUGGCCAUGGUGCACAACAUGCUCACGGAGGCGUAGGUGGUGCUAGUUCUACUGGGAACAAACCCGGUGUGGGCGAUAAAGUCAAAGGCACCUUUGAAGAACUCAAAGGAAAAAUUACCAAGGAUCCUGUUACCCAGCAUCAAGGAGAGGCGAGAAAGAAGGGUGAUUUAUCAGGUCAUCAGCAAGUCGGCCUCGAUGGUUACUGAUCUGUCACAGUCGAUAAAUCUAUCCUAACCUUGUCUUCUACAUUAAAAUUGUAUCAAAUAUUAUAUAACACGUUUGCACAAAUGAGCAUUUCUUUU